AUGUACAACGGUCGAACGGACCCCGUAGAGCACGUAAGCCAAUUUAACCAGAGAAUGGUCAUCCAUUCCAAAGACGAGGCUUUAAUGUGCAAAGUAUUUUUGUCCAGCUUGGGGCCGAUGGUGAUGAGAUGGUUUGAUGGCCUCAAGCCAAAUUCCAUUGGUUCCUUUAAGCAGCUAAUCCAGGCCUUUGGCUCUCGCUUCAUCAUGAGUAACAGGGUUCCUCAGCCCUUGGAUUCUCUACUGUCUUUGUCCAUGCGAGAAGGGGAGACCCUGAAAGCCUACUCGGACAGGUACUGGGAGAUGUACAAUGAGAUAGAGGGUAACCAUGAUGACGUCGCUAUCAACACUUUCAAGAGCGGCCUCCCAACUAAGCAUGGUUUAAGAAAAUCCCUAAUAGGAAAGCCUGUCACCAACCUGCGCCAACUUAUGGAUUAG